AUGUCUAAUAGAGUCAUAUUGCUUAAGAAUAAAACCUCUAAACUUGAUUCCUAUGAGAACCUGUUUAAACAGCAUCAAUAUGAUCCAGUUUUCUUACCGUUGAUUAAGCAUCAACAUAUUCCUGAUGAGGCUUUUCAAGUAUUAAACAGUUUAGAGUAUUUGGUUAAUUUGAAAUACAUUAUAAUCACUUCCCAACGUACUGUCGAAUGUCUUAUGGAGACUAUAUUGCCAAAUUUAUGUGAUGACCAUAAGAGAUUACUGCUCUCGAAGACCGUGUAUACUGUAGGACCUGCUACCGCAGGGUUUCUAGAAAGAAUAGGUUUUGUUAAUAUCAAAGGUGGUGAUAGAGCAGGGAAUGGGUCUAUUCUAGCUGAUGUCAUGAUAGAUGAGUUGUCUGUGGAUCAGGACAUCUGUUUGCAACAGGAAAUUUUAUUCUUGGUGGGUGAAAUCAGAAGAGACAUUAUACCUACCAAAUUGUCCUCUGCAGGUUUUAAUAUUAGAGAAAUAGUAACAUACAAGACUUGUCCCUUGGAGGACAAUUUAACACGUUUCCAAGAUGCUUUAAAACCAGGGUCUUGGGUUGUUUUAUUUAGUCCACAAGGGACAAAGGAUAUACUUGACUUUUUAAAGCAACAUCCUCAUUUGAAAUGCAAUGUCGCUACGAUAGGUCCAACAACUGAAAAAUAUAUGUUAGAUCAAGGUGUCAAGCCUAAUGUAGUUAGCCCGAAACCAGACUGUCUAUCGUUGUUGCAUUCGAUUAUGCCUUAA